GUACAUGCCCUCCAUAUGAUGGAAGUGAGGAGAGGCUAAAAACGGUGACUAGCCGUUUCAGUUUGAGAGAGCUAACGUUCGCUACCUGUGUUUCGAAGACAUUCGGCGUCUAAGGAAGUUGUAAAAUACGACUAAUUGACAUCAAGCUGAAAUUACUCGCAACUGCCAGAGAAACAUGUCACCAUUCAUCAACGGCUGCUAACUUCCUUUCUCUGUAAUUCCUUUAAAUUGUAGCUACCUACUGUCUUCUACUUUAUAAAUAACAUCCCUGUCUCAAGACCUGUCAACACCUACAUCGAGCAUCAACUCGCUACAUCUCUCCUGGGUGCAGUCCGGCCAAGAAAAUAAUGUCCUACAGUUGAAGAUGGGCGGGAGUGGCUCCAAAACCAAAGGUUAUUGGCCUUUUGCAGGUUCAGGCAGUGGCGAUGGUGAUCCAACCAAAGAGGGAGUCGAACAGUCGCUGGCAAGGCUCCGAAGCUUCCGAAAUGGGACGCCCUUCGUGUUUACCAGAUGGAGCUCCCUGUACUUUGACGAGGAUGGAGACCUGGCCCACGAGUUCUACGAGGAGACAGUUGUGAUGAAGAAUGGCCGUAGGAGGGCCAAACUGAAGAAGAUCCAGAAAAACCUCAUACCUCAGGGAACCAUAAAGCUGGAUCACCCCUGCAUCCAUGUGGAUUUCCCGGUCGUUCUCUGUGAGGUUUGAGGAAGCCUGGUUCCAUGUUUUGAGACCAGACUCAGACUAGCCACUGUCAACUCGGUCCCUUUGUUUCCCUCUCCUCCUAUACUUUACCCUGAAGCCCUACCCUCCUCUAAUCCGCCAUGGUCUCCCCGUGAUGAUGUUUGGCCGGGGCGCCCUGACCUGUGAGGACAGACGUGCUGUUGCUCAACGCGUCUUGAGACUGCAUGACAUGCGGCUCUGUAAGGUGUGGCCCGUGUGCAGUCGUGCAACACACAGUAGUGAGUGAUCACUCACGGAGUCCCAUCAGUGAUCUGUAAAAGAUGUCAGAGAAGAUGGAUGAUGAUGAUGAAGACAUCAUUCUGCUCGCGUUACCCUCAACCUAUUCAAUAUAUACAAUGCAGGUCCUGUGUGUGUGUGUGUGUGUGUGUGUUAGUGGAUAUGAAGUGUGACAAUGUGUCUCCUUGUCUGCCUGUCUCGCAUUAGUGUGCUCUGGUAGGAUGAUCCACUGUACUUUGUAAGGAGAAUGUAAGAGGCCAAUUGACCCAUGGGCUGUUAAGUAGAGUAGUGUCUCUCAGAAUAGGCCGGAGGUCCUAUAUCUUUAUACCCCGGCCUAGAGUGAAUUUACCAUCUGUACGGAGCAGCGAGGGGAACGGGUAUUAAGGUGUGAGAUUUUCCGUUACCGGUUCAGUCUUCAGAGCAUCCAAAGUAGAGUUGCAACUUUCAAUACAUUUCCUGGUUUUCCAGAAAUCCCUGUUGGAAGAUUCCCAGAAUGGGCAGGAAAUCCAUAAUCCCCCAACCAGGACUUUUAUUGAAAUUCCUGGAAUUUUGCAACUACUUUGGAUGGGGUAAUGAUAGGGCUUAACCCAUUAAGGCAAAAUCCUGAGGUCAGAGGUAUUAGGAACAUUUUAAUGGACAUUUUACAUCCAGUCCUUGGGGGGGCAAGUGGGGUGUUGCACUUUUUCCCCAUUUGUUAGCAAACACUGCAGAUUUAAACAUUCUAAACUGAAGAUCAUAAUUAGUUGAUUAUUGGAGUCUGGUGUGUUAGCUGGGGCAAAGAUGUGACGUGUUUGAUUGACUGGCUGCGGUGGUCAAUCCUAAUCAUGAAGCGUCUCAGAGUAGGUGCUGAUCUAGGAUCAGUGUUAACCCUUUGAGAUUAUGGUCAAUCCUACUCCGAGCCGCUUUUUAAAUAUGGGCCCAAGCAUUGACUUGAGUCUCCCUAUAGGAAAGUCCUGUUCCUUCGCUGCUUUGGGCGAUGUUAAUUUAUUAUAACUGUUAUACAAUGGCUUUGUUUUUUUUAAAUCACAACUCAAUGUA